AUGCCAGCCGAUGAAAAACCGCGGUUUCGCGUGAUUAUUGUUGGCGGUGGUAUUACUGGACUCACCCUGGCCAAUUCUCUCCAACAUGCCGGGGUCGAAUUCUUAGUAUUAGAGACAAGAUCCGAAAUUGCUCCUCAGGUCGGGGCUUCAAUUGGGCUUGCGCCAAAUGGAAGUCGGAUUCUCGACCAAUUGUUUUGCUAUGAGGACAUGGAGAAGCUGGCAGAGCCAGUGCAAUCGGCGGGAUAUCAUAACGCAAAUGGGGAAGAACUGUGUCCAAGGACUGAUGGCUUCCAACUCAUCCAGGCUCGGACCAAUUAUCCAGUGUGCUUUUUGGAUCGCCAGAAAGUGUUGCAAAUCCUGGCGGAACAUCUUCAAGAUCCACAUCGUGUUCUUCUAAACAAGAAGGUGGUAAAAAUAGAUCAUUUUCCCGAGAGGGUGGUCGUGCACUGUACGGAUGGAACUUCCUACGCCGGUGAUAUUGUGGUCGGUGCCGAUGGUGUCGCGAGUCGAGUUCGACGAGAGAUGUGGCGAGCAGCAGAGUCAGACAUAUCCUUAGGCGAGAAGAGUUCUAUGUCGGCGGAAUACAAGUGUCUUUUCGGUAUCUCAUCUGGCCAUCCAGAACUUCGUGCCGGCCACUUGAACAUCACGCAUGCCAAAGACGUGUCAAGCCUUGUUAUAGUCGGCAAAGGAGGCCGAACUUUUUGGUUUCUCUUUAAACGGAUGCCCCAAAUUUACAAAAGCCAAAAUAUUCCGCGAUUCACAGCUUCCGACGCCGAAACACUGGCACAGCAACAUUUCGAGCUCGGAAUUCAGCCUCGAGGUGGGCUGACCUUUCUUGAUAUCUGGCGUCGACGAACUACCUUCACUCUAAUGGCCCUAGAAGAAGCUGACUUCACCACCUGGACUUGGGGGCGAUUUGCCUGUGUUGGGGACAGUGUGCACAAAAUGACCCCUAAUAUGGGUUCCGGGGGUAUGGCCGCCAUCGAAAGCGCAGCUGCUCUGGCUAAUGUGAUACACUCUCUGAUCACUCAGUAUAAAUCUCCAGCGCUGGAUCAUGUUCAGAAUGCACUGGCCGCAUUCCAGGAGGGUCGGAAAUCCCGAGCUUCGGAGGCAGUUCGGGCAUCGAACGAACUGACGCGCAUACAGGCCAUGCGCGGGCUAAAGGAGCAACUUAUUGUCAAGUUUGGCAUUCCCUAUGGCGGCGACCAGCUGCUCAACAAGGUCUGUGAUACGUAUAUAGGGGCCACGUCCUUGGAUUUUCUCCCUCUACCUCCGCGGGCUCAAGUGACGAACAUGCCUCUGAACCCUCCUUCUGCCCUUUUACUGCAGGAGUCCAAAUGGUAUCGAGCACUCAAGGCCCUCCCAUUUUUGCUCCUUUCUGGACUCUGUUUUCGGGCCCUGAUCGCACUCAUUCCCUUUGACGCGCUCAACAGUAUGGUCAACUCGCGAGUUAUCACUUGGGGUGAGUCGUUCUCAUUUAACAUCUUGGAUCGGUUCUAUGGAAUUCCGAUUCUGGAUGAUCUUGCACGACCGGCCACAGUGCUCUUCUCACCGUCCUCGUUUGCAUACGAUCCCGUCAGCUGGGUUCAAAUGUUUACUUUCCUAGCCGACAUUGGGCUCGUCUAUGCCAUAGUUCUGAUAGAAUCUGCCCGGCGUGCAAAUGCCAUGAGUCUACUCCAUUUCCCCAUGAUCUUCGGUAUGGCCUCUUUCCGCGGCAUCGGGGCCAUCAUGCCUGUAUAUUACUUUCUCCACUGUGUCUUCUGUCCAGUGCAGGAACUCAGCGCUGCUGACUUGCGUCUCACCGAUCUCGCCUACACGAAAUCCAUCCUACCUAUGAUGCUCAUCGGAUUUUAUGCGCCAUAUUUCCUUGUCUACUUGGGUCCCACGCUGACCCAUCGCCACAUCGGAAUCUGGCUGUGGCACAUGUUCCCCAUAUGGAUAUCCCUUGGACAGUGGAUCCUAGCCCGCACCGUGAUGGCUAACACCAUGCCGACAGAUCGUCUUCAUCAGCCGAUGCGAGAUAUCCGCACCAUCCGCGUCACAAUCGGCUCUCUGGCCCUUAUCUCUGCCGGUAUCUAUAUUUACUGCGUAACAUCGACUAGUCUGUCCCUUUGGGAGGUCUUUGUACCGCGGACGAACUCUCUCCGUACCUUCGAUGGGGCAGUCCGGGCAUUUCUCCAAUGGGAUCAGAUAUACUUUGCUGCUGCCUCUCUUCUCUGGAUCACGUAUCUCUUCGGAAUGUUAUACAGCACUGGGUAUUCGACGGUGCAUUGGACUGCGGUGUUCGGGAUCUUAGUCUGUCUGUCGGCAGUUCUGGGAACGGGCGCGGCAACGGCUAUAGGGUGGCUCUGGCGAGAGGAGUUGUUGGUGCGACGCAGGCCAUUUCGGAUUGAUUCUCGGAAAUCUGUGGAUUUCAAACGUCAUAGGUGA